UAGAACCAUCAGUUCUUUUUCACCCAGCAGUAAGUCAAGAUCACUCGUUUCGGUGAUCGGGAAGUUGAUAAAUGAUCUUCUAAGUUCUAAGUUUUGAGUAUCAGAUUGUUUUUUUGGGAAGAAUAAUUGUUGAAAUGAAUAUUAAAAAGGCAUUAUAUUUCGCCUUGGUGGUUCUGCUCACCGUCUCAUAUUCGAAUGCAGGUCGAAUACUGGCGGCGUUUGUCUUUCCGGGCAAGAGUCAUUUUAUGAUGCAUAAGACUCUGAUCAGAGAGCUUCUUAAAAGAGGACAUGAGGUUACCUUUAUAACGAGUGACUCAAUGGGACCAAAUAAUGGACCCAAUUACACUGAAGUACUUAUACCUCCUUAUGACUUUUGGUUUGAUGUUCAAGCCCAUUUCAAAACGGACAAUCUUUUCGAACUUACCAGUCUGACAUUGAAAGAUUUUUUAAAGAUGUUAGAAAUAAUUGGAACGAAAACUACUGAACAUGCUCUUCAGCAAUCGAACGUUCAGGAAAUAUUCAAUCGAACAGAUACCAAAGAUGUUUAUGAUGUCUUAAUUGCUGAGCAAUUCUAUCAGGAGGCGUUUUUGACAUUGGCUUUGAAAUUUGAUAUUCCAGUAAUUCUAUCGAGUACUCUGGGGUAUGAAUCGUAUAUGAGUCAAAUGAUGGGUGUUAUUACACCUUGGUCUUUUGUACCACAUGGGUUCUUGCCAUUCGAUGAUAGAAUGAGUUUUUGGGAGCGUCUCCAGAACACUUUUGCUUCUUUGUACCAAGACUUUUAUAGAGAGUUUGAAUACUUCCCAAAGCAGGAUGCUUUGAUUCAAAAAUAUUUAUCACAUUUACCAAUUAAAAUCCCGAAAGUUACCGAAAUGGAAAAGAACAUUUCGGUGAUACUUUUGAAUAGUCAUAUUCCAAUGACAACACCUCGGCCAACUGUUCAGGGAAUGAUUCCGAUUGGUGGUGUCCACAUCUAUCCACCAAAGCCUCUGCCAGAAGACAUUAAAAAGUUCCUAGAUGGAGCCAAAGAUGGUGCUAUUUACUUUAGUUUAGGAAGCAAUGUCAGAAGCGCUGAUAUGCCACCAGAAAUGCUAAAAAUAUUUCUCAAAGUUUUUGGAAGUUUGAAACAGAGGGUUAUUUGGAAAUUCGAAACGGACGAAAUCCCGCAAUUGCCAUCAAAUGUCAUGGUACAUAAAUGGAUGCCACAAAGUGACAUUUUGGCACAUCCUAAUGUCAAAGUAUUUAUUACUCAUGGUGGAUUGUUUGGCAGUCAGGAAGGUGUCUAUCAUGCAGUACCUUUGUUGGGAAUGCCGUUUUAUUGUGAUCAGUAUCUCAACAUGAACAAAGCUACCAAAGCUGGAUACGCAAUCACCCUUAAAUUUCAAGAAAUAACAGCUGAUUUACUGAAAACAUCUCUUCUCGAACUUAUAGAGAAUCCAUCUUAUAAAGAGAAUAUACAACGAAUAUCUGAUAUCUUUAGAGAUCGUCCUUUAAGUCCAAGAGAUACUGCAAUGUAUUGGGUGGAAUAUGUCAUAAGGCAUAAGGGAGCACGUCAUAUUCGAUCAGCCGGUCUUGAUCUUGCUUGGUAUCAAUUCUAUUUAUUGGACGUUAUAGGAUUUGUGAUUCUGGGAAUUGUCAGUAUUCUCGGAGUUAUUUGUAUUGUUGGACUUAAGUUGGUGAAGAGAAGUAAGAAAUCCAAGGAAAAAUCUAACUAGAAAAGUACCUAAAUGUGUGUGUAUUUAUUUAUUUUACGAAUAAAUACAUUUUUUUAAAUUUUA